GGAUGUAUGACCAGGUGAUAUUCACAUGUGAACUCUUGCACCACAGAACUGUGGGCAGCCAAAUCGAGGAGACACGGCGCACUUGGGAGGAGCGGUGCUCUUGGUUUCCGGCUGCCCAAAGGAAUUUGGCAGCAAGGUGUUCCGAAAUUUACAAGGAGAGUCUUGAAAAGUAUGGCAACGAUUACUACGAGUUCUAUGCAAAUAGGAAUCGUUUGAGGGAAGAACACAGAGUUAAUACGAAGUCUUAUAAACGUCGGGAAAGAAGAAGGUCCCACAGGCCAAUGGACCAUUUAAAAGAAUAUAGGGUGUCGCCAACUUCAAACGGGGAAUACGGAAGUGUUCGGCCAAUGCGACUCCUUCAAUGGCUUUAGAAAACUGAACGCAUAAAAUUUAAAGUUUGGAAAAAUAGUAUGAUAGUAUGCCGUACAAAUAAACAUGUAACUAACCUUAUGGAUGUAAGAUGUAUUGACCUUAAAUAAAACAAACUGUAGAAAAGAAAAAUAAUAA